GUUUGGUCCAUUGCUAGAUUACACAGCUGACCAUUGGCCAUACUUCCCUCCAAACCUCCUGCCCUCACCACCCCUGGAGCAAAACACAACCAUGACAGAGGAGAUCUUUGGUGAUCUCGCCCUGCUCAAGCCUGGUCAGUCCAUGGGAGAUGCCUGGAACACUUCAGACAUUAGAGCGGAAGAACCUUGUCGUCUUGAGGUUAUGAAGAACCAGACAGGCCUGUGGGGCAGCAGUGUGCAACGCCAGCCUCAGCAGACUUCACCAGGCAAUCACCUCAGCCACGCCCUGGGCCAGUAUCUGGACUCCACCACCAUACCGAUGACCUCUGACCUCCAGAAACUGGGCCUGACCUCUGAUUUCAUGAAGGUGCCUGAGGAGACGCUGUUUAUAGAGGUGUGGGACCUCGGGGAGGGCGCAGGGGACCAUCGCUAUAAGGCCAAGUGGGCAAUUACCGAGGAGCACGGCAUUGUGCUAGACCAGGGCACCUGGCUGCAGAAUGAUGACAACUGGUGAAACCACACAUGAAAGAUGUUGGUGAACAAUUAUCUUCACCUCACGAUUCAUAAGUGUGAAAACAUUAAAAUACUUUAU